CCUUCAAUGUAACUCAUGAGCAUGAUUAUAGAAUCUAUCCAUAUAUGUACACGUCCCGAGUCAGUCUCUCUUGGGUCAUGUAACAAAUAAGAAGUCUCACGUUAAAUUUGCGCAAAACGUUAAGUGAGCAUCACGCAGCGUUGCGACUCUCAUAAACGUCAUUAAAACGAUUGUGAGUCUGCCGUGAGAAAUAGGUAUUAUAAUCGUACGAGCGACCGGUUUAACUACAAUGGUUGUGAGCAUGUUCGAAAUUCUCUGUGCCUGUGUGGUGAUCUUGUAUUUACUUUAUCAUUAUUUAACCUCCGACUUCGCCUACUGGACAUCGCGCGGGGUUAAUGGACCAAAACCCAUUCCGUUCUUCGGCAACAUCGCCAAUUUUAUGCUCGGCAAUAAUUCUCUGGGUGGUUUCUACAAAGAAAUUUACGAUCGAUAUCCGAACGAUGCUGUGGUGGGAAUAUUUUUGAGAGGAUCCCCUGUGCUCCUAUUGAGGGAUCCUGACUACAUCAAACAAGUACUGAUCAAGGACUUCACCUCCUUUGCCAAUCGGCAGGGAACAGUUUAUGAGAAGGCCGAUCCCAUGUCCAUGCACCUCUUCAGGCUCGACGCUGUUAGAUGGCGACCAUUAAGAACGAGGCUCUCGCCCACCUUCACGUCCGGGAAGUUGAAGGAUAUGUUUCACUUGUUGCUGAACUGUUCCGACCACUUCGAGAAGUACCUGGACAACGUAGUAUCUAAGGACAGUAUCGUCGAAUGCCGGGAUCUGACGGCCAAAUUCACCAUCGACGUGAUCGGAUCGUGCGCUUUCGGCCUCGAAAUGAAUGCGUUGAAAGAAGAGGAUAAUAAGUUUUAUCAAUUAGGUCGUAAAAUCUUCCGCGCCUCUCCACUGAUCGUGUUCAGGACCAUGCUCCGAGAAGUGCCGUCGCUCUACAAGCGCUUCGGACAUAUCUUAAGUGAUCGUGAUGUAACCAAAUUCAUGACGGACAUUACUCGAGACACUAUAGAGUAUAGGAAGCGGAACAAUGUGCGUCGGCACGAUUUCAUCGAUACACUUAUCGAGCUUAAGGAUAAUCCUGACAAACUGGGCGUUAACAAUGUAACGGAUGAAUUCAUCGCUGCCCAAGCAUUCGUAUUUUUCGCGGCCGGUUUCGAGACUUCUUCCUCUACGAUGUCCUUCGCACUGUACGAGUUAGCGCAGAAUCAAUCGAUCCAAGACAAAGUUCGAAACGAGAUUAAAGAAGUUCUUGACAGCACUGGCGGAGAAAUAUUAUAUGAAAGCAUCAAAAUGAUGACCUAUUUGAAUAUGAUCUUUCGAGAGACUCUUAGGAAAUAUCCAAUAGUAAUGUUUCUUACGAGGAAAGCUAUAAAAGAUUACACAUUUGAGGGAACUAAAAUCACACUACGAAAGAAGCAAGAAGUGAUUAUACCCGUUUACGCUCUUCAGAACGAUCCGAAUAUUUAUCCAGAUCCGGAAGUCUUUGAUCCUGAACGAUUUAACGUGGAAAAUGUAAAACAGAGAAACCCCAUGUAUCACUUGCCAUUCGGAGAUGGUCCGAGAAACUGUAUCGGAGCCAGAUUCGCCGUUAAUCAAACGAUGGUUGGUUUAAUCAAAGUGCUAAUGAAUUAUAAAAUAGAGGUUUGCGAGAAAACUCAGAUUCCACUUGUGUAUACUCCAUUGAGCACUUUGUUGUUGCAAUCUACACACGGCAUAUAUGUAAAAUUGACCAAGCUCUCUUAACAAGGUGAUUAUGUCAGGCAAUUUCUAUAUAUUGUGUCAGAUAUACAAUGUAUGUAUACACUUUUAAGUAAAUUAAACAAUGUAAAGUAUGUUAACAGUAUUAUAAGCGGUUUCUGAACCACUUUUACUACAAUGUUCCCAUCUGCAUUUAUUGUAGUGUACAAAAUGAAAUACUAUCUUUUUGUGUCUGUAUGUUGGAUUGACAAUGAUUUAUAACAGAAGAAGACAGUGAUAUCACUGAAAAUAUAACUUUAUGCGCA